AUGUCUGAGCUUGCCCAGAUUUUCACUUUUCCCCAACAAAGGAGCAAAAUACCGGUUAGGAAAAUUCUUGCCUUUUACAUAAAGCAUCGCAAGCUAUUGACACGAACAGCAUACAUUCUCAUACUUUACUCAAUUUUUAAUGCUGGGUCAUCUGUGCCGUCAAACAAGAGAAAAGGAUCAUCUAAUACCAAGAAUGCACAUUCAAAAAGACCAAGCCAUUUAACACUUAAAAGAAUUCGUUCUUUCUGGAGUCGUUCUCCCACAAUUAGCUUUUUCAAGCAAGUUCUCACCAAAGACAGGAAAUCUGCACUUCGAAUAGCACAAUAUCUAACAUGGCAGCUGGGCUUACUCGGUGUAAAAGCUGCAAUCACUUUGAAUAUAGCCUCCUUGGAUGGAAAACUUGUGUCGUUGAUUGUGGGGAAGAAAUUUAAGCAAUUCUUCAAGUGUUUGGUGAUAUGGUUUCUCAUCGGCAUUCCAGCUUCAUUAACAAACUCCCUCAUUAGGAAAGUCCAGGGUAUGUUGGCACAAUCGUUCCGUACUGGGGCAACAAACACCAUUAUGGACAACUAUCUUCCAAAUUCUGGAAAUAGCAGCAUUUAUCAGUUGACGAACAAGAUGAGUGCCGGGUCAAAGGACAAAAUCUCUGCCAGCAGACCGAACAAAGUCUCCAGUCCUAACCAAAUGGUCACUGUAACGAUUGACCAACUCGCAGAUACUGUUUCGAAGCUCCCGGUUCAGCUUAUUGAUCCGAUUUUGGACAUUCUGCUUACUGCAAACAGAUUCAGUAAAGUCAGCGAGUAUGCAACAGAGAGCUCCCUCCUGCUUGGGUUGAUUGCAAGUGUGUCAACGUUAGUUUUAAAGGUGUUCACUCCAAACUUUGCCAAGUUGACAUCUGUCCAUAAUGCUCUCGAGAACAAAUUUCACACAUACCACACUCAGCUCAUCAACCACAAAGAGGAAAUAGCACUUGCAAGGGGCCAUCGGAGAGAGUUGGACCUGCUUGACACGUCAUACUUCGAAUUGGAGAGAUUUCAGAGGUUGGAGCUUCGGAAAAUGGCCAUUUACAACUUUGCAAUGGGUUUUAUUUUCAAAUAUGGACUUGGAGCAUUUGGGUUGAUGAUGUGUGCGGCGCCAAUAUUUUCAACUGCAUACUUUUCAGGGUUUGUUGUGGAUGAGAGAGUCGUUUCCCGGCUGGCGGCCGACUUUUUUGCAAAUAAACGGCUCUUAUUGUCUGCCUCGGACUCGUUGGGCCGUUUAAUUUACUCCAAAAAGGCAGUACAGAACAUCAUCGAGUACUGUACCUCACUCUACGGAUUUGAUGCCUCCUUAAAGGAGAUAAGCAUGCUUUCUACGAAUAGUUGCGAUCUAGAUGGCGAUCAUUUGAUUGAGGGACCAAAUGUGUCGUAUGGAGAAGAAAUCACCUUUGACCAUGUUCCUGUUAUAACGCCAACAGGAAAUAUUCUUGUGAAAGAUCUCACAUUCUCCAUUAAACCGGGUCAGAGUCUUCUGGUGAUUGGACCAAACGGGUGCGGAAAGUCGUCGUUAUUUCGCAUUUUGGGAGGAUUGUGGGAAGUGCGGAGUCCAGGUCACGUGAUUGUGCCUUCAUCCCGCAAGCAGGUGUUCUAUCUUCCGCAAAGCAGUUAUUUUACGUAUGGGACACUUCGUGAGCAGAUUCUAUAUCCUGAUUCAAUGGCCGAGUAUCGGGAAAAUGUUGAAUUUGCAAGAAAAAGGGGCAAUACGGUGGUGAAAGACGACCUUUAUCUUAUGAAGUUGCUCAAGUUGAUUCAUUUAGAACAUCUUUUGGCCAAUUCAGACAGUUUGAGCUCUGACGAUGAGGAUGAGGCCGAUGGAUUCCAGUUUGGGGAGCUUGCGGGAUCAAAAAACUCUAGAAGCAGCUUUUUACAGGAUGAGAAUUCGAGACUGAGAGGUGGAAAUUCGCACUUCCCACCUUCUGGGCUCGACAUUGUGGCAAAAUGGCCCGAUAUUCUUUCAACUGGCGAGCAGCAAAGAUUAGCCAUGGCCAGAUUGUACUACCACCAGCCUAAAUUUGCCGUUUUGGACGAAUGCACAUCAGCAAUUUCGCCUGAUUUAGAAAAAGAGUGCUACCGAAUCGCUACCAAGUCCUUUGGCAUUACCGUUUUGAGCGUUUGCCAUCGGACUUCACUUUGGAAAUUCCAUGAUUACAUUCUCAAGUUUCAAAAGGGGCCUCAGGACAAAUAUGCAACUGCUCUUUUUACUAGAUUUGAUCCUGAAAAACGGCUUCGGAGACACAAGGAGCUUCUCCAGAUCAAAGCAGACCUCAAGAAAAACCAGGAGUUGGUUGCAAGACUUGAAUUUUUGAAAAGGACGCAAAGCCGGCCGAAUAUCAGAAGAAAGAUGCUGUACAUAGACGAAUAA